AUGGCAGAGGCAGCAUCAUCGACCACAGAGAAAAGGUUUUUGACUCUGAAGUCGUCAGAUGGUGAUGAGUUUGAAUUGGAAGAAUCCAUUGCCAUUCAGUCUAUUCACUCCUCCACUUCUUCAAAUGAAGAAGAUAUCGAGAACUUCGACAAGGAAUUUGUGAGCAUUGGCUUCAAAACCAUCUUUAUAAUCUUAGAAGCUGCAAAUUUCCUUGACAUCUAUAGUUUGCUUGAGUUGUGCGCUGAGGCGGUGGAUAAUUUGAUUAAGAACAAGACGCUUGAAGCUAUUUGGAAGAUUUUCAUUAUCACUAGUGACUUUACCCCAGAAGAAGAGGCAGAGAUUCGGAAUGAGACUCCAUGGGCCUUUGAAGGGGAUCUUGAUCACUCCCUUGACUAG